UUUAGUGCUGCACACAUUUGUUUUGUUUACGAAGGCAGAGAAGCUAGCCCAACUAGCCACAAACUCAAAGCUACAACGUAUUUUAAGAUUAAGUGCCUCUGAAUUGUCACUAAAAUAGAGAAAAAAAUGAAACCUGCAGUGGACGAGAUGUUUCCUGAAGGAGCUGGACCCUACGUGGAUCUGGACGAGGCAGGAGGCAGCAGCGGCCUGCUAAUGGACCUGGCAGCCAAUGAAAAAGCAGUCCACUCUGAUUUCUUUAAUGACUUUGAGGAUCUUUUCGAUGACGAUGACCUGCAGUGACAACAAUGCUUGAACACCUCCAUUAUUGUAUGAUUGUGUACAUUAAAAAAAAAAAAAUUGUGUAAAUGGGCUUUUUUGGACUACACGUUCUCUCUUAUUUGUACAGCCCCC